GCGGCGGCGGCGGUGGCUCGGCCCGGCCGCGGCGGCGGGGCCGGCGGAGCGCUCCGUGCCCGCGGCCGUGCCCGCGCCGGCGGCGGCCCCAGCGAGGGGCUCUGGGCUCUGCGCUCCGCGCUCCGCCGCCUCCAUGGAGCGCCGGCCGCGCCGCCUCUGAUGCCCGGCCCAGCGCGCACCAUGGGGCCGCUGUGGCUCUGCUGCCUGCCCCUCGCCCUCCUGCCCCUGCUCGCCGCCGUGGAAGAGACGCUGAUGGACUCCACCACGGCGACAGCAGAGCUGGGCUGGACGGUACAUCCUCCCUCAGGGUGGGAAGAGGUGAGUGGGUACGAUGAGAACAUGAACACGAUCCGCACCUACCAAGUGUGCAACGUCUUUGAAUCCAGCCAGAACAACUGGCUCCGCACCAAGUACAUCCGGAGGCGAGGAGCACACCGCAUCCACGUGGAGAUGAAAUUUUCUGUCCGGGACUGCAGUAGCAUCCCAAAUGUCCCAGGCUCCUGUAAGGAGACUUUUAACCUUUACUAUUUUGAGUCAGACUUGGACUCGGCCACCAAGACUUUUCCUAACUGGAUGGAGAAUCCUUGGAUGAAGGUGGACACAAUUGCUGCUGAUGAGAGCUUCUCACAGGUGGACUUAGGUGGACGGGUGAUGAAGAUCAACACUGAGGUGCGCAGUUUUGGGCCUGUCUCCAAGAAUGGUUUCUACCUGGCCUUCCAGGACUAUGGGGGCUGCAUGUCCCUGAUCGCCGUCCGUGUCUUCUACCGCAAAUGUCCCCGUGUGAUCCAGAACGGGGCUGUCUUCCAAGAAACCCUGUCGGGAGCAGAGAGCACCUCGCUGGUGGCAGCCAGGGGCACGUGCAUUGCCAAUGCUGAGGAGGUGGACGUGCCCAUCAAGCUGUACUGCAACGGUGACGGCGAGUGGCUGGUGCCCAUCGGCCGCUGCAUGUGCCGGGCCGGCUACGAGUCAGUGGAGAACGGGACCGUCUGCAGAGGCUGUCCCUCGGGAACAUUCAAGGCCAGCCAGGGGGAUGAAGGGUGUGUCCACUGCCCCAUCAACAGCCGGACAACCUCCGAAGGGGCCACAAACUGUGUAUGCCGAAAUGGAUAUUAUCGGGCAGACGCCGACCCCGUGGACAUGCCAUGCACCACCAUCCCGUCCGCCCCCCAGGCCGUGAUCUCCAGCGUGAACGAGACGUCGCUGAUGCUGGAGUGGAGCCCUCCACGGGACUCGGGGGGCCGGGAGGACCUGGUGUACAACAUCAUCUGCAAGAGCUGCGGGGCGGGCCGCGGGGCCUGCACGCGCUGCGGGGACAACGUGCAGUUCGCCCCGCGCCAGCUGGGCCUCACCGAGCCCCGCAUCUACAUCAGCGACCUGCUGGCACACACCCAGUACACCUUCGAGAUCCAGGCCGUCAACGGCGUCACCGACCAGAGCCCCUUCUCCCCGCAGUUUGCCUCCGUGAACAUCACCACCAACCAGGCCGCCCCUUCUGCUGUGUCCAUCAUGCACCAGGUGAGCCGCACCGUGGACAGCAUCACCCUCUCCUGGUCCCAGCCCGACCAGCCCAAUGGAGUCAUCCUGGACUAUGAGCUGCAGUACUACGAGAAGGAUCUGAGCGAGUUGAACUCGACCACAGUGAAGAGCCCCACCAACACUGUGGCAGUGCAGAACCUCAAGGCUGGCACCAUCUACGUGUUCCAGGUGCGGGCACGCACCGUGGCCGGCUAUGGCCGCUACAGUGGGAAGAUGUAUUUCCAGACCAUGACUGAAGCCGAGUACCAAACCAGCGUGCAGGAGAAGCUGCCGCUCAUCAUCGGCUCCUCGGCGGCGGGGCUGGUGUUCCUCAUCGCCGUGGUGGUCAUCGGCAUCGUGUGCAACAGAAGACGGGGCUUCGAGCGGGCUGACUCGGAGUACACGGACAAGCUGCAGCACUACACCAGUGGCCACAUGACUCCAGGGAUGAAGAUUUAUAUCGAUCCUUUCACCUAUGAAGAUCCCAAUGAGGCUGUCAGGGAAUUUGCAAAAGAAAUCGAUAUCUCUUGUGUCAAAAUCGAGCAGGUGAUUGGGGCAGGGGAGUUUGGUGAGGUGUGCAGUGGGCAUCUCAAGCUUCCAGGCAAAAGAGAGAUCUUUGUGGCCAUCAAGACCCUCAAGUCUGGCUACACGGAGAAGCAGAGACGGGACUUCCUGAGUGAGGCCAGCAUCAUGGGGCAGUUUGACCACCCCAACGUCAUCCACCUGGAGGGGGUGGUCACCAAGAGCUCUCCAGUCAUGAUCAUCACUGAGUUCAUGGAGAAUGGCUCACUGGAUUCCUUCCUGCGGCAAAACGACGGGCAGUUCACGGUGAUCCAGCUGGUGGGGAUGCUGCGGGGCAUCGCCGCGGGCAUGAAGUACCUGGCGGACAUGAACUACGUGCACCGGGACCUGGCCGCCCGCAACAUCCUGGUCAACAGCAACCUGGUGUGCAAGGUGUCCGACUUCGGCCUCUCCCGCUUCCUGGAGGACGACACCUCCGACCCCACCUACACCAGUGCUCUGGGUGGGAAGAUCCCUAUCCGAUGGACAGCACCUGAGGCCAUUCAGUACCGAAAGUUCACCUCGGCCAGCGACGUGUGGAGCUAUGGAAUAGUCAUGUGGGAGGUGAUGUCCUACGGAGAGCGGCCCUACUGGGACAUGACCAACCAGGAUGUGAUAAAUGCCAUUGAGCAGGACUAUCGGCUGCCACCGCCCAUGGACUGCCCAAAUGCCCUUCACCAGCUGAUGCUUGACUGUUGGCAGAAGGAUCGGAACCACAGGCCCAAAUUUGGGCAAAUUGUCAACACCUUGGAUAAAAUGAUCCGAAAUCCAAACAGCCUGAAAGCCAUGGCGCCUCUCUCCUCUGGGAUGAACCUCCCCCUCCUUGACCGCACAAUCCCAGAUUACACCAGCUUCAACACUGUGGAUGAAUGGCUGGAUGCCAUCAAGAUGAGCCAGUACAAGGAGAGCUUUGCCAGUGCUGGUUUCACCACCUUUGAUGUAGUAUCUCAGAUGACUGUAGAGGACAUUCUGCGAGUCGGGGUCACUUUAGCAGGACACCAGAAGAAAAUUUUGAACAGUAUCCAGGUGAUGAGAGCACAGAUGAACCAAAUCCAGUCUGUGGAGGUUUGAUAGCUGCCUGUCCUCCCACUCCUCCUCCUCAAGGCCCUGCUCCCCUUUGCCCCUGUAUGUCCAAGCUCCAGUUCCUGAGUGUUCUGCAUGGACCAGAGACAGGCAGCUGCUCUGAGGAUCACGGCAGCAGGAGGGAACACCCUGUCCUCAACAAUGAGAAGUCACCAAGAGCUUCUAGAAUUUAAGCAAUGGAAAAAGGGAACAAAAAGAAAAAAAAAGACAACUAUUUUGAAAAAAAAAACAAAAAAAAAAAAACCCGAACAAACUACAAAAUAUUUUUAAAUAAUAAUAAAGCAAUUGCAUUCUUGAAAAGGGCUCCAAGACCAAUGGGAGUCUCCAAAGGAAGAGAAAAGAGCAGCUUCAUGUUUCCUCUUGCACAAGGCGGCUGCAGCUGGACCCAGGCACCUCUGGAGCAGUGGGACUUCUCCAGGAAGAGGAAUGCAAGGAAAGGCUACGAGAAGCACAUCUCUUCCUCCCGUGGGCUCGGGGAAUGCCAUGAGCCAGGCCUUUCCCCAGAGCCCCUGUGAGUAGAUCAGAUGGGGAGAGCUGAAGCUCUUUGGUGCUGUGAAACCAAGUGCAUCUCAGAAACUGAUGGACUCCUUCAAAAGCUGAAGACUUUUUUUUAAAAAAAAACAAAAACAAAACCA